GCAACUAUAAUUAUUUAUUUUGGGGCGAUAUAUGAACUGGUUAUUUACUGAGAUUCAUCCAUUUAUUUGGAGGAUGAUCCGUCUAUUAGUAGUCCUUCAAAACACGUCACAUGUUGACUUCUGUGAAAAAGCCAAAAGACUGAUUACAUCACAGUGAUUUUCUGUGAUCUGCUUAAUACAGCCAUGUUCAUUGUGUUUAUAAAUGAAAACGCAUCUAGAUAUGUUCAGAUACAUUACUUGUGUGUAAUAUUUCACAUGACAAAAUAAUAGUUUACUUGUCAAGAGUAAAAUAAAGUGUUUCCAUGAUGGUUUUCUAAAUGCGGAUGCUUCAGGUAGACUUCCUGUAGGUGUGAGCGGCUCAGGUUAACAGCCAAUGUCAGUGUGUUUUGUCAUUGGAUUAGUGGAGCAGAGGUAGUCAACACACAUGUCUACAGAGUGACGAUAACACUGUCCUCAUCACACAACUGACACGAGACACGCACGGGAGACAGAUAGGUGUGAAAUGUCCUGUCUGGAUGAGGUGCCCUUCAAGAUCCCACUCGGCGUCCUCGAGGAUGCAAAGGAAGAGUUUGAGCUCCUCGCAGCUCCAGAAAUCACUCUGCCCGACUACCUGAAGAUACUGCAGGAAACUGAGUAUGAGUUCAGCCUGGAGAACUGGGUUCUCACGGGCCUCCAGGGCGGCUAUCCAACCCUCGGUCCCCGCUCUCCCUGUGAGCUGACGGCGACCUGUCCUCCAUACUGGAUGAUGUUCAGCAGCCCUCAGGAGAGCAGGUUAGCCAGCCGCUGGAGCAGUGACUUCUGGGAACCCAACCCACGUCCCCGCAGCCGCAGCUUAAACGCGGACCACUACCGCGCAAUGAACGCUCGGGUCAAAUUCACCAUUUCUGACUCUGAAGACGAAGAAUUUACAGAAGAAGAUGGGGCCACUCUUGGCGAGGGUGAAGCGCAGCCCAAACGGAGUGAUUUUGCUUUGCCAAGGCAAGGACCAGGGUUGAAAGACUUGCACAGUUGUGGAUCAUCAAACUUCCUCAACUUGCCUUCACCUUGCGGCCUCUCCACACAGCGUCUGGGGAACUUCCGACAGUCUUCCCUCUGCGGGCCUUACUCAUCCCGAAGGAACUUCCAGAGGAGUCAGAGUUCUGCUGGCUGUACUAAUGCUUGUCCCGCAAAAAACACCAACUGCUUGCUAUCUGAAUGCAUCAACAGACCCGCUCUAAAGGCCCAGGGUUCAUCCUCCCCCUUGGCCCCAUCACGGCCACUCAAUUCCCACGCUGCCGUCCUGGACUCUUCGGUGGAGCUUCUCUCCGCUCUCAGCCCAGAAGAGAGGGAGCUGCUGGCGGCCGUGACCGAGCAGGGCUACCCCCUCCGUACGGCCAUCAUCGCCCUCCAGAAGACUGGCCAGCAAAGUCCAGAGCAGAUCUUGAGUUAUCUGGUGGCGUGCGAUCGGUUGUGUGAACUCGGCCAUGAUGAAAGUCAGGUUGAAGAAGCUCUCGAGAUGUUUCAAAACUGUGAGACCAAGGCUGAGGAGUUCCUUCACCUUCUUGCUCAGUUUAAUGAAAUGGGCUUCCAGCAGAACGCCAUUAAAGAGGUUCUUCUCGUGCAUGAGAACCACCGAGAGCGAGCCCUGGAGGAACUCAUGACCCGCGUGGCCUGAUCCAGUCGAUGAUAUGAUGAAGUGAAUUAUAGCUGUUCACAGAGCUCAUAUAGCUGUUGCUUAUUUAUCAUAUGAUGAACUGUGUUUAUUCGUUGCGCAUUCUAGAUGUGUUGAGGCCUUGGGGAGAAGCACAGUUUGACAAUCUGCACCAGAGAAUGACUCUGUAACAACACAUUGUUAUAGUGUUUUCCAUAGCAGUCAAACUUUUGCUUUAUUUAUAGAAAUGUUAAACAAACAUUCUUGGAAUUCAUCAAAUUAAUUGACUUUGUGAAAUGCAUUAGAAUUGUUAUGCAUUGUUAUAUGUAUGGAUGUGUGUUUAUAUAUAUAUACAUGCAUACAGUCAUCGUCAGAAUUAUUGCCACUCUUGAUAAAUAUAUUCAAAGAUGGCUGUAAAAAUAAAUCAAUAAAUCUGCAAAAUA